CAGAAACGCAAGUAAAGGAUGUCGUACUGCAAUUGUUUUCAUCCAAGUUGCGGGAGAUGAACAUUUCAUUUUUAGUUCGGUGUGGUUGUAGAAGGAAUCGCAGACUCAACGGAUUCUACUUGGUGAACAAAUAAACAUUCCUGGUUAUCAUGUGGGUUCAGAGAUGCCAAAAGAUAUUUUUCUUUCGGCCUUAUCAAGCGUUUUGUGCCCUUUUGACCUUGAUUGUAUUAGUAUUAAUGGUGUGCUUUGUGAUCUCCAACUAUCUGCACCUCAUGAGUCUAACUAAACGUUGCGAAUGGAAUGGCUUGGAAGAUACCCAGCAACCGUUGCUAAUGAGUACUUGGAAAGCCCGCCAUCAAAAACAUCUCAUUGGAAGACAUCAGUUUGACCCCAAACUUCACCAAGCUAUUCGCACCCAAGUCCUUAUUCCGCCUUCGGAUCACUCCAUUCCUGGAGUGGGAUACGAAAUCAGAAUUCCGGCAGAUUCCGAUCCCUCGCUCGGGCAAAGACAGUUGAUGCAGAAGUUGUUUAAGAACAAGUUCCUUUGAUUUCAGAGAAAUGGCUUUUUUAUUGAAUGCGGGGCCUUGGACGGAAUUGAAGGAUCAAAUACACUGUACAUGGAGCGCCAUCUAGGUUGGACGGGAC